CGGAUUUUUUUUUUUUUUUUUUUUACGUUUUUCUUCUCCCCCUCCUCCUCCUUCUCUUCUUCUUCUUCCUGCUGCCGCCGCCGGAGCAGCGCGUUAAAAGUCGCCGCUGCAUCCCCCGGAGCCCCCUCGGCCACGCCGGCGUGCUCCAUUAUCCCUCCGAGAGUCGAAGCGGACCUGCUGCUGCGUGGGUCUCUCUGUGUGCCGGUCAACAUGCUGAAGACCCGGCAGUGUCUCCUCGGCAUCCGCACCUUCCUCAGCGUCACGUCGAGGAUAUGGGGCUUCAUCAUGUACAUCCUCAGGAAGCACCUGAGAACGAUAAUCCAGUAUCAGACGGUGCGAUAUGACAUUUUGCCCCUAUCGCCCAUCUCCAGAAACAGACUCAACGCCGUAAAGAGGAAGAUCCUGGUUCUGGACCUGGACGAGACGCUGAUCCACUCUCACCACGAUGGAGUCCUGAGGCCCACAGUGAGACCCGGCACGCCGCCGGACUUCAUCCUCAAAGUCGUCAUAGACAAGCAUCCAGUCAGAUUCUUUGUACAUAAAAGGCCGCAUGUGGACUUCUUUCUAGAAGUGGUGAGCCAGUGGUAUGAGCUGGUGGUUUUCACAGCCAGCAUGGAGAUCUACGGCUCGGCCGUCGCAGACAAGCUGGACAACAAUAGGAACAUCCUGAAACGCCGGUACUACAGACAGCACUGUACGUUGGAUCUAGGUAGUUAUAUUAAAGACCUGUCUGUCGUACACGACGACCUGUCCAGUAUUGUUAUCCUGGAUAACUCGCCUGGUGCUUAUCGAAGCCAUCCAGACAAUGCAAUACCCAUCAAGUCCUGGUUCAGCGACCCUAGUGACACAGCACUUCUAAACCUGCUGCCUAUGCUGGACGCGCUAAGGUUCACCGCCGACGUCCGUUCCGUCCUCAGUAGAAACCUCCACCAGCACCGGCUCUGGUGAUUGGCUGAAGGCAGAGGCCUGGGGCUCGCUGAGCCGCCUGUUCCUCUGUGCCGGGCUCCGUCCCGCCCUCCGUUCCCGCUCAGACGACCCCGCCAGCCCUCUCUGACGUAUUCCCAGGAGACGGGAGGGGGUUGGGGUGAGCGCCUAACCCGGGAUGAACAGCACGGGAUCACCAGGACCCAAAAACUACUGGGGAGGGAGAGGGAGACGGCUGGUUUUUGGUUUUUUUUGUUUUUUUUCCUCCUUAAAUCUUUAUUAUUAUUUUUUUUCUAAAACAAAACGGAGCCUCUCUGCCUUAUAGCUCCUGAUACUGACUGUGAGGAAGGAGAGAAGCUUGUACAUGUGAGUUGGAGCUUGUUAGUCCUUUUUAAACUUUUUUGGAGGGUAUUGGGGGGGGGUGGGGGGGAUAAGGAAGCGGAUCAGCGCAGCAACACAGACCACUCUACGGCAUCAUUUCUUCCUCUCCUCCGCCAUCAUCGUUGCACUUCUGCAGCCGCCUCGUCUUUCCUUCUCGAUGCGAAUCAAGGAGGCAGCGUAGAAAACUAAAAACGUUACCGUUGCUUUUUGUUCGGACAGCAUUUGAUUCAUUCAUCUCAAAGGUACUACUUUCCUCUGCCCCAUAAGAAUAAGAUUUACUGCAACGUUUGCUGGAAUAAAACAUCCACUGGCCUUUUUUUUUUUUUUUUAGUUUUAGGUUUGUUUUCUGAGCAGAUAUUUUCCUCCCACUCCCUGACAGGGUCAUCACUCUUUGCCCCAAAGCUCCUCAUGGGACUCGCUGACAUAAGACUGAAACAUUGUGAGAAAAGCAGAUGGCUUGUAAAUGAUCCGCGGCCCGCCGCGCCGCGCCGCUGUUCCAUAUCUGAAUGAAGUCUCCCAUUAAAGACGUUUUUUGCUCUCUCAUUUAAUGCCAUCCUGAUUUUCCCUCAUUAGGAAAUUGCACUUAAGCGCCACCUAUUUUUGUUUUUGUUGCAGGUUUUUUUUUUUUUUUUUUCUGUUUGGCAGCCUCCCCUGUUCUGUUUCCACCUCAGAUUGUAUGGGUUCAUUUGUAAGAGCCUCUAUCUUAAAAAUGCCUUCUGAACAAUGUCAGUUUCGUCAAAGCUCACAGCGGCUUCUUAUCGACUCUGUCUCCAUGUCUGUGUUACUAAUAAAACACUCGUCAGUAUCGACCCCCGCUCA